AUGGGUGCCAAGACUAUCAUCGUCCGCAACAUGUCUGGCCAUGUCCAGACCUUCGAGGUCCACGGCUGGAACAACAACCAGAACAUCAACGUCCCCGCCCAUGGCGAGCACCGCAUCAGUGCCCCCGAUGGCUCUUCCGGCGCCAUCAUUGCCCUCCACGACGGCAAGGAGGGUGAGCAGGCCGAGAUUACCAAGAACGGCUUUGGCGGAAACGACUUCUUCGACGUCUCCGUCAUCGUCGGAGCCGGCGGCAACAUGGUCUGCCAGCAGGUUGGCGACCCGAAGACGCGCAAGGGAGACGCCCACUUCAUGCAGAACCUCAACGAGGCCUGGAAGAAGGCCAGCCAGGGCACCCGCGACGCCCUGAAGAACUGCGUCCACCUGCGCGACGGCAGGGUCGUCCGCAUCGACGCCUGCAAGGACUACCCCAAGCUCGAGGAGUUCGUCCGCACCUUUGCCGACGGCAAGCUCUACAUCGGCGUCGGCGCCUGGGGCGGCAACAAGGGCAACCCCAACGACAACAACCAGAGCAGCGCCGCCCACGGGAACAAGGAUAUUCUGGUCUGCUACAACGAUGGGGAUGCCACGCCGAAUGACGGUCCCGCUGCGCUCCAGAAUGUCACUCAUGCUCUCGCUGCGGCCCCUGCCGAGCCUGCUGCCGAGCCUGCUGCUCCUCAGGAGGAGGCCGCCCCUGCACCUGCCGAGGCCGCCGCCGAGAAGACCGACGCUCCCGCUCCCGCCGACGCCCUGGCGCAGCUCUCCAUGACCAGCCACGCCGUCGCCGACAAAGGGCCCGGCAUCGAGCUGACCAACAAGUCCAAGCAGCAGCACACCUACUACUUCUACAACAACUACUGGAACGGCGACGGCAAGGCCGGCGCCAACUUUGACCACCCGGAGAAGAACGUGACCCUCAAGCCGGGCCAGUCGAGCUUUGUGCCCCUGGCCGCGUCCUUCAAGGGCCGCGUGCAGCGCGGCACCCAGCUGCCCUGCACCUGGGUUGAGUUCCAGCUCGAGGCGUCCAACGACCACGCCGCCCACGGCGACAUCUCUCUGCAACAGGGCUGUGACGGCGCGGCCACCAUCGCCUCGACCGACGGCAGCAACCAGAAGAACGGGUUCGACAUGGUCGACAUCGUGGCUAAGGCCCCCGACGCGGCCAUCCGCAAGAAGCCCAACGGCGAGCGUGCUAUCGACACCACCGUCGGCAACUGGAUGGGCGGCCCGAACAAGGCGGCCAUCGACUACCUGAACAAGGUCGUCGGGCAGAGGCGCGCGUACAUCCUGGGCGGUACCGGUGUUCCGGAUGUCGCAAGCAAGAACAAGCGCAUGGCUGUGGUCAUGUACUAA